AUAUGGUAGAUAUUUUUAUAUCCUCGUGAAAGUAAAGUAGCGAAAUUGCUUUGAUGAGGAUUAUAUGUUUGAUUUCUUCAAGUUCUUUAUUGUAAUCAACCUCAGUUUCUACAGUUGAGAGUUACGAGUUUUUAAAAUUAUACAAUAAUUGUAAACAUACUCAAACAAGAGACUUACGAGUAUUUGAGUGAGUAUCUAUAUUACCUAUUACCUCAUUCUUUUUCUCUUGUAGCAAAAUGUCACACAUUGGAAAACCUCCGAAACUUUCGAGAUCUGCAAAAAUAAUACAGAUGACGGAAGAAAUCAACGCCAAAAGAAUUAUGGAAGAAUCUUCUGGAAAUACAGAACGGCCUAAAAGUAUCGACACAUCCAAAAACGAGAACAUUAUUGACGAUAAAACCUCUUCAGGAGUUUCAGAGACUGAUUGGAAUCUUGAUGAAGAAAUAAUCCAGUAUGCCAUCCACUUCGAGAAGAGAAUCGAAAAUGAAUGUAUCGAAGGUGAAUCUGAGAAAUUAUCUAGUUUACAAAAUCAUAAUGAUCCGCAGAGUGUGAAUAGCAAAGCCAUUUCGGCUGCAAAUCAGGAGAGUGGUGAAGGGUGUUCUUAUGAUUAUGCUGAAAAAGAUACAGGCACUGCCCAACUUGCUGCGUUUGAUGACAAUCUGAAAAAAACAGAUAAUAAAUUUGAAAUGAUUGGGGACAUGAAUAAACCAACAGUCGAAAAUGUCGUCGAUGAACUAUCUGAUCCAGACUGGAGGGACGAUGAAGAAGAAAAUCUUUCUGAUGUGAGUAGUAGAGAUGGAAGUAAGUCAGAAGAAAUGGAAAUCACAGAAGAUAUUGUUGGUAGAAGAACUGAAGAAGAAGAACAAACUGGAACACCAGAAGUUCUCAGAAGAACCAGAAAAAAGAGAAGACAUGUAAAUAGAGAAGAAUGGGACGUUUUCCAGCAAAAAAUAAAAAGAAGCAAAGGUGAAGAAUAUAAAGGACUCAUCAAGGAAAAUGGAAAAUGGGUUUUCAACAAAGAAAGAAGUGCAAGGCGAUUGAAGCCACCAUGUUCAUGUGCUCAGAGUAAGAAGAAAUCAAAGCUUCAUUGUCAACAAAUAACAGACACGGAGAGGCAGAUAAUAUUUCAAUAUUUCUGGUCAAAAUCUUGGGCAGAAAAAAGAGAAUAUGUGAAUAGCUUAGUAGAUUUGAAACCAGUAAAACAAAGAAAAUCGGAAUCUUCAAGUUCUCGUAGAAAGAACUCUUUAUUUUUUUUCUUGAAGGUACCUGGGGGUAGCAAAGUGAGAGUAUGUAAAAAACAAUUUCUAAAUACACUUUGCAUAGGGGAAUGGUCUGUAUUGAACUGGAUCAAAAGCAAUAACAUCCAUAAUGAUGAGGAGGUUGAAGACACUGAGGAAGUACAGAACAAUGAGGAAAAUAGAGCUGGAAAAGAAAAGAAUAAAGAAAAUCAAACUGCAUGCUAUAAUGAAAGGAAGGUGAGCCUUCAAUUGAGAAAGAACCAUGUAAAGGCACCUGAAACCGAGUUCAUGAAAAGUUUUUUGAAUAGCCUUCCGAAUCUGGAGUCGCAUUACUGCCGAUCGUCAUCCAACAAAAUAUAUCUGGAAACUAUUUGGAAAUCGAAGAAUCAGCUAUACAAUUUUUACAAAAAUGAAUGUGAGGAAGAAGGUAUAUCAGCAUUAUCAAUUGCUUCAUUCACCCAUGCAUUUUCUGAUAUGAACUAUAGUUUAUUUAAACCCAAAAAAGAUCAAUGUGAUGUUUGUCUUGGGUUUAAAACUAAAAAUAUCAAUGAAUCAGUUUAUAAUGAACAUUUGGAGAAGAAAGUUGCUGCUAGGGAUGAAAAAACUAGAGAUAAAAUGGAGAAAAAAUGGGUUUUCACAGUAGACCUCCAGAGCGUCCUCAUGGCUCCAAUGACCAAUGCCUCAGCAAUGUACUACAAAAGUAAGCUUGUAGUACAUAACUUCACAAUUUUCGAUUUGAAAAGCCUAGAUGGAUAUUGUUUCUUAUGGCAUGAAGGCGAAGGUUCUUUAACUGCCAACGAGUUUGCCUCUAUAAUGCACUCUUUUAUUUCUGAUCUGGAUACUGUACAGGGCGAUGAGGUGAUAAUAUACAGUGACGGUUGUACUUAUCAGAAUCGCAACACCAUUAUAAGCAACACGUUAUUACUGUGUAGUAUGACCAAGAAAAUAACAAUCAUGCAGAAAUAUUUAGAGAAAGGACAUACCCAGAUGGAGUGUGACUCCAUGCAUUCUGUUAUUGAAAGAAAACUCCGCAACACUGAGAUAUACACUCCAGCUGGGUAUGUUUCUGUUUGUAAAUCUGCUAGACAUAAGCCUAGACCAUAUAAUGUGAAAUAUCUCCAUUUUGACUUUUUCAAAAAAUAUUCUUGCUUGUCUUUUUAUAAUGCUAUACGUCCUGGAUUCAAAAAAGGUGAUCCACAGGUCACAUCUAUCCGAUGCCUGAAAUACAAUCCAACGGGUAUAAUAGAGUACAAACUCAAUUAUAGUGAUGAUUGGAAGGUACUACCUAGAAGAAGAAAUGAGAACGGUCUAGCAGAUAUACCCAAUCUGUAUAAGGAGCCCUUGAAGAUAGAUAAGAAAAAGUUCGAUAAUUUGCAGGCAUUGAAAGGUGUUCUCGAAAAAGACUACCAUCUAUUUUACGAUCAGCUGCCACACAAAGAUUCUAAGGCUAAGACUUAG